AUGUUUGGAUCAUUCUUCUUCAUCCUCGAGGGCAAGGGAAUAAAGCUACUCACAAAGGAUGGCCAGAGGGGGCGAUUUUCAGGACCAGAGGAGGCAUUGUGUCGCAAUUUAUCUGACCUUGAUUGGACGUAUAUGAUGGACCGGAAGCAUGGAGAGCUGCUUGUAGAUGUGGGGAUCUCAUUCACACUGCACUCUACCAAUAUUCCAGUUGUAGGAGUAUGGAGAUUAGAUGCAUUGGAAGCAUCAUUUGGUGCAGGAGGAUACAAGAGAGGGGAGAUACAUUAUCACAACACACUCCCAAGAUAUGGGGCAUUGCAGGCCGAAAUGCAGCAGGAGAGAUCCCAGCAGACCCACAUCACAUUCAGGAGCACUUACAACCUAUACUAUGAGUCGAUCAGGACGAACAGCAACCAAGGUAACUUUGCUUCAGACAGCGAUGCCUACAAGCUCUCUCCAUCAUAUAUGGCUGAAUGUUGUGAAAUUUCAAAGCUUCUGGAUGGUUGCAAGGACAAGACAUAUGGUGUCAGGGACGAGUAUAGGGUCAGUGGACAUGCAGCAAGAAUAAUACUGGACAAUAUAGACAUCAAGGCUAAGGAAUAUUUGCGAUCUAGCAAGUAUCAUUAUCGGUUUCCUGCCUGCGAAUGA